GCUGGCUCGCCUCGCCCGUCGUCCUUCGCGUCCUCUGUGUGUGCGUGAGUGUGAGAGUGUGUGUGCGUGGGCGUGCGUUCCUUCACGGCGUAGUCGAAGUGGCAGUGUCUCGUCGUAGGCAGAAUAAUGUGUCGUCCAGCCGGUCUCGCUCCCCUGCCUUGAUGUCGACACCUUCCUCCGGAGAUCGCUUCAGCAGCGCAGCACCCCUGAGAGAUUCCGCGAGUGCGAUCUAGUUCGGGCUUCUGUCGCAAAUCGGUCGUCGGCUGUUGGGUCCUCGUUUUACGGUCUCCGAUUCCGGGGUGUAGAUAGAUUUUCUUGGUUUUUGGGGGUUUUUUUCGUCCGGGGUGGUGUUUUGGUGCGCCUUUCGGCGGAUCAUCGACGGUCCAAUUGCCCAUUGGUCCUUGAUGUUUAUCGUCGAUUCCAUUCUGUCAAUUUCGCUGCUGUUCCGGUGCAUCUUUUUUUUCCGGUUUGUGAUGGUGAGCGUGGCCCUGCCGCUCAUGGAGUGAGUGACGUGAGUGAGACAGUGACCAAUUCACGAGUUCGUGACCUGGUUCAGUUCUCACUUCUCGUUCGCGUUUCAUCGGCUGGUCCAUGGGUGUUAGGAAGGUGGCGAAUUGAAGAUUCUUGAAUAGAGCUUUACUGUUGCAGUUGCUGAAGGAUGGCGGGCCCUUUAAAUAUUGCGGCCAAGACCAGGAGAGUCGAGGUCGACAAUCGGCUCUCCCUCAGAUUCUAUUACCGCACGGCUGCUAAUCUUCUGAAGCAGGCUAGCAUAUAUCGGGAAGAGAACAAUGUCAUUGAUUUGUACGUUAUGCUCCUUCGCUUUUCGAGCCUCGUCUCCGAGACUAUCCCGGAGCAUAGGGACUAUCGGACCGCCCCUGCAAAGGAGAAAUUAGAUUAUAAAAGGAGACUGAUAGAGGUCCUAGGUGAGCUGGAAACUUUAAAGCCCGAAGUUUUACGACAAAUAAAUUUACUCAAUAAUGUAACUCGUUCAGCUUCUUCUUCGACAAACGAGUCUGCUUGGAUGGAUGUCACAUCUAUGUUCCCUUCUGUUCCAAAGAGGAGUGUGAGUACUGAUAAGGAUCUACAACGGAUUGGAUCAGGAGGACGUCGAGAACUUGUUACAAACCUUGCUCGUGACUCUUGGAGGCCUACAUCUGCCACAACUCCUGUCGAUUCUCGUCUCUCGAGUCUGUCUCUCCACAUUCCUCGUCCGAAGGAUGAAACAUUGUCAAGACAUUCAUUUUUGACGCCUACGGUACCUCGAAGGCAGACACCUGCAAUUUCAUUCAAAGCACAGUAUCCAAACUACAUAGAUGCGUCGCCAAUCGAGAUGCCAAGUUUGGAACAGAAUUGGCAUACUCCAUUGCAGCCUGCAUCGGAACCUGUACUGUGGCCCGACGCGGAUCCUAGGCCUCAAUCACUUAGUUACGCCACACCUGUUGGCCCUGACGUCGCUCCUUUGCCGAACUUGAUCAGACAACCUUCACCUCCGCCAGUUCUUGCACCUGUACAAAUAGUUGAUGCAGUAGAUCAUACGUGCGUUCAGCCUGCGCCUGAGAACGUUGCAGAUCCAAGACCAGGUCCCCCACAGCAUCUAGAUGAAGACCUAAGUCAAGGGAAAGGAGUAAAACACUUACACAUAUCAAGCAAAAUGAUGGAAGAGUUCAUGGCUCUCUCGAGAUUGAAUACGCAAAAAAAUCUCGAAACUUGUGGAGUGCUUGCCGGAUCUUUGAAAACAGGCGUCUUCAAUGUCACCACUCUUAUAAUACCGAAGCAGGAAGCAACGUCGGAUUCUUGUCAAACGGUGAACGAAGAGGAGAUAUUUGAAGCUCAGGAUAGGCGUGGUCUCUUUCAACUUGGAUGGAUUCAUACACAUCCUUCUCAAACUUGUUUCAUGUCGUCUGUUGAUUUGCACACGCACUACUCAUAUCAGAUAAUGCUUCAGGAGGCCAUUGCUAUUGUUAUGGCACCAACGGACACCGAUAGGAAAUUUGGAAUUUUUCGACUUUCAGAUCCAGGGGGUGUUAAGACGAUACAACAGUGUCAGAAGCGUGGGUUUCAUCCUCAUGAGGAACCUUCAGAUGGAAGUCCAAUAUAUGAGCAUUGUGCGCACGUGUAUAUGAACCCCCAGCUAAGAUUUGACGUAAUCGAUUUGCGUAAUGCCUGAGGUCAAAUAUGCUACGUCUUUUUAGGUAGGUUCUCGGAUUGUAGAAACGUUUAUCCUGCUUGUAAGAUUCAUCUUCAAGGCUGGCUGGGCUUCACAUGUAAAGAAAGGGGCUCUCAAGUCAAUCAACUUGAAUAUAUUUUUUUUCCCAGGAGUUUUGGACGAACCUAUUUGGUUAGUUCUGUAGAAGCCUAUCAUAUUACUUGAAUUGAAUUGGAUAGUCUAUACAGUAAAUUUACAUUUUGGACACUGAGCCGGCUGGUCUUGGAGAUAGACUGUAAUUAUCUGCAGAAUUUUGUCCAGUGUUCCAUACAGUAAGUAUUCUUGCAAAGACAUUAGCUUCAUUGCAGGAGAUCGGAGACAUUCUGCUUCAAUGUGAUAAGUGAAGUAGGAGGAGCGUUCAACUUUUGGCUUGCUGCCUUUUAGAAUGAGUAUCUUGCGGAUUUCAGGCAUUUGGAGGAUGGGCAAGGGUUUUAUCCUUGAAGGUGACGCUAGUCAUAGCGUAUGCCUCAACCGAGGAAUACGUAGGUUGUAAAUUAGUUGACAACGAAUGACCUGACCUACUGCGCUUUUUGAGAAGCCGCCGGUUUUACAGCCUCACCACGCAUCUGAAAUGCUCAAUAGAUGGUGAGAAAUUAAUAAAAACCAUACUGAUUGAUUCAUGUUUGACUACAUCGUGUAAAGCGCGCACACACAUAUUCCUGUACUGUCGCUGAACAUCGCUCGAUCAUCUGGAGUUCUGUUUUGAACCUUCUUUUGAAAAAUAAUACGAGUAUGGAAUCGAGUAUGUCUAUGAGCUAAUUGCUCAAGAACAGAAAGGA